ACGAUCCACAGACGCCAAACGCAAGCCGCAGAAGCAGAGCAGAGCAGAGCAGAGCAGAGGAGAGACACCGUGAUCAACGAAGAGGAGACAAAGAUCACACCUCGCACCUCGGUUGCUGGCAAGCAAGAUUCUCACAGACGCCAUGGAGAUGACCUCUUCGUCCGCGCCGAGUACGUCCUACCCCAACCUCUCCCUGGCGCAGGCCGUGGUGACGCUCUCCAUCAACGUCGUCCUCGUCUGGCUCACCGCCGUCAUCAAGUCCUCCUCCUCUUCCUCCGCCUCCAACCACCGACGCGAGGCUACCCCCGCCCCUAGCACCGCCACGCCUCCAUCGCCGCCCCCGGCUAAGGCCGCCACCGCCGCGGGCGUCAUCGACAUGGACGUGGUGCUCGGGGUGAUGGGCGCGGGAAGCACCGCGUCGGUGGGGUUCGAGGAGGCGGCGGCGCUGUUCGAGGAGGAGGAGGCGACCGUGGAGGAGGCCCAGGCGGCAUUCGGGGUGUUCGACCGCGACGGCGACGGAUUCAUUGACGCCGGGGAGCUCGGGAGCGUGCUCAGGUCGCUCGGGUUCGAUGCCGGCGUCGCGGCCGCGGAGUGCCAGCGGAUGAUCGACGCCUACGACGAGGACAAGGACGGCAGAAUCGACUUCCACGAGUUUCUAAAGCUCAUGGAGAGGAGCCAGUGAAGUGGAUCGGAUACGACCACCGGGCCGGAUGAUUUGGUCCAAUUCUUUGUAAAAUUCUUUGUUCGUUCGUUCGUCGUUUUUCUUGGCCUGAAUUAAUGGAGCCGAAUGAUGCAUACAGUAUGUGUAUACUCAAAAUGUAGUUAUGGAUACAUAUUUUUCUUGAAACAAAGAUCAGUGGUAAAUAGCAUCAAA